UCAAAAAUUCAAACAUUCAACCCCUCCAUCAUCCACUAUCCACUUAUCCAUCCCAUGCACCCCGCCUGAGGUACUUCCACCCAUGUACAAUCUCACACUACUAGCUAAGUACCUUCCCUUACCUACCUGCUGUAAACGUAACUUGACCAUACAAACCACCAACCACCACCACCACCACCACCGACUUUUCAUUUGACACCUAUAUAUCAGUGUCAACCUCCCUCGGAGUCUUUGAUCCUUUCUUUCUUCUCGCUACAACUACACCUCUUCCUCCUCCUGUUGAUCUCGACGACUUGAUCCUCAAUCCUCGAUCUCAGACAACCUCACACCACCCAAAGUGAGAGUUUAUAUCACCGACACUCCACCCCACCAUCACCAAAAAAAAACCCCUCACCACCACAACAACCUCACAACUACAACCUCACCACCUCACCACCUCAUCACACACCCCCCAACCUUCACCAUGACCAUCCCCUGCGAGCCAACCCCCCACGCCCUCGCUGCCCUCAAAUGCGACCACGACCACCCCAUCGCCACCCCCCCCCGCCCCUCCUCCCCCGUGCACCGCUUCGGCACCCUCGCCGUGCACGCCGGCUCCCCCCACGACCCCGUCACCGGCGCCGUCAUCGCGCCCAUCUCUCUCUCCACCACCUUCGCGCAGACCGCCGUCGGUGUCCCAGUCGGCGAAUACGAGUACUCCCGCUCCUCGAACCCGAAUCGUCAUAACUUCGAGACCGCGGUUGCUGCGCUCGAGCACGCGAAAUACGCGUUGGCGUUCUCGUCGGGGUCUGCUACUACGGCUGUUAUACUCCAGAGUUUGGCGGCGGGGAGUCAUGUUAUUUCGGUAUCAGAUGUGUAUGGAGGCACCCACAGGUAUUUCACGCAAGUCGCCCAAGCACACGGCGUCUCCGUGACAUUCACCCCCGAAAUCGCCGUCGACAUCGCCGCCCACAUCACCCCCGACACCAAACUAGUCUGGAUCGAAACCCCCUCCAACCCGACACUCCGCCUCGUCGACAUCCGCGCCGUGACCGCCAAAGCCCACGAGCACGGCAUAAUGGUCGUGGUGGAUAACACCUUCCUCUCUCCCUACGUGCAGAACCCGCUUGAUCACGGCGCGGAUAUCGUGGUGCACUCAGUCACCAAAUACAUCAAUGGACACUCUGACGUCGUCAUGGGCGUAGCGGCGUUUAACUCCGAUGAGAUGAAGGAGAGACUCGGAUUCCUCCAAAACGCAAUCGGUGCCAUCCCCUCAGCAUUCGACUGCUGGCUCGCCCACCGCGGUCUCAAGACCCUGCACCUCCGCGCCCGCGAAGCCUCCACGAACGCCCAGCUCGUCGCAGAAGCACUCUCCUCCUCCCCCCACGUCAUCGCCGUAAACUACCCGGGCCUAGCAUCGCACCCCCACCGCGCCAUCGCCCUGCGCCAGCACCGCAACGGUAUGGGUGGCGGUAUGCUGAGUUUCCGCAUCAAAGGCGGUGCUUCGGCGGCUGAGAAAUUCUGCCAAGCUACUUCGCUGUUUGUCCUCGCUGAGUCCCUGGGAGGAGUUGAGUCAUUGGUCGAGGUGCCGAGUAGUAUGACGCAUUCGGGCAUUCCGCAGGAGCAGAGGGAGGCGGUGGGGGUUUUUGAUGAUUUGGUCAGGAUUAGUUGUGGGGUGGAGGAUGGGGAGGAUUUGAGGGCGGAUGUGUUGCAGGCGCUUGAGAAGGCGGUGGUGUGGCCGAAGGUUGCUAAUGGGGUUGCGGCGGGGAUGGGGAAGGCUACGCAGUAG